AUGGCAAAUGCCCAAGACACGCAACAUCUGCCCGAAACGACUACGGUCAAUGUCACCCUCCCUAGAAACAGCCUCGUUCCCUACGUCGAAUCCCAGCCUAGCUCACCCACGCUUGCCGAAGAAGACGAAGUUAGUUCAAUACCGAGACCUGCGUCGAGAAGAUCCUCAGGCACCGAUCGCAUCGUCUUCAGCGCCCACUUCGGGAUCAUCGGCACUAACGACAACACAUCCAUCCCCAAUCCCAGGAUACGUCACAAUGGCGAAUCCCAGCACGUACUAUCCGACAUCAACGUCAGAGAGAAUGCCAUUCUUCGACUCUUACUCAACCUCGUUACCAAUCGACCCUACCUCUUUCGCAUCAUGGGGCCUGACCUCGAAUGGUUACAACGAAGGGCCGGAGAACUCGGAUAUCAAUUGGAUCCAGAACGAAGCUCAUCCACGUCACAAUCCCCUCCUGAAUCAAACGCCGACCCAAUCCCAGUACCUCCACCCUCCUCAUAUGCCAAUCCCCACGUUACCAUAUCCUCCAAUCACAACGGAUCCUCGGACUCAGAACCUCGCCACGGAAUCCACCGUGUCCCAACUCCCAUGCCUGGAACUCGCUCCAAUGACCCAUCUCCCCCGCAAUCUGCCUCUUCCAAUUCCACCCCUGAAUCUAACGCCUCUUCCACCCUUCCGAACCUCCCUGGACUGUUCCACGACUGGCUCACAAACCCAAGGCAAUUAGAGAACGAAGAAAGGAAUUGGGACGAUUGGAGAUGGAGGAAGCCAGAUGCGAACGAAGCUUGGGAGCUCUCGACUGGGAUCGACGAAGCAUUGCAGGUACCCUUAUCGAUUUACGCGCAGAAUCUGUCAUCUUCCCCCACGUCUUUCCUACAGUCGGACUAUCAGCUUCUGGAACAGCAUCUCGACCAAGCCCAUCCGGUACCUUCCCCAACCAAUCAGCGAACCCUAUCACCGAAACUCCUAGCUCCCAUCACACGCACUCCUCAGACUCUCACCCCUCCGGAAGAAGUGGCGUCCCUAUCCGCAUCUUCCAAGCUCCCUUUAGCCGAGAACUCACUCCCUCACCACCUGACGGAUCUUCCGGUUACGCCUAUCCAAGCGGAAUGGGAAGCAGCCUUCAAAUUCCUCGAAACGGACACCUUCCUGAGCAAGACUCCUCGAAUGCUUCCGACUACCAUGCAGACCGCUCCCAGACUACAUCGAUUCAAGCAGUCCGCGGUUCCACGACGAGAUGCCCAGAGUCUUCCAUACAGCGUCGAGGCAACCAUGGGAUUAGAUGCUGGGAGUGCGGAGAUCUCGGGCAUACUAGGAGAGAUUAUUGUUCCCCUUUCCCUCAGUCUCCUACUCCUCUUCACCCUGAUUCCAGUCGUCCUCACCCCACCAUGCCCGCUCAACGACGCACUUCCUUUCGCUGCAAUUGCACUUGGAGAACGUUCCCCCACUCCAAGCCCCGCCACUGCGACCAGGACGCCGCCCGACGAGUCGGACGUCAACCCGACCUCAGCCAUCUCACUACUACACAUGAAUAUCCCCGUCGCCGUUGCAUCGACUGCGGCGAACCCUUCAUCACCUCCCAUCGCCGCUCCCUCGAAUGUCCCCAAUGCGGCGUCACAGUCGCCAAAACCAGCAAAUCCGCCUCCGCCACUUAUGACCGCGACGAACACGUUUUUGUAG